CAAUUUGUUACACUUGUGUCAUGAAAAAUCUCCCGAGUAUAGUCUUUCUCGGAUACGCCUCACUACUGCUAUUUAUAAUUGGACAACCCCGAUGUGAAGCUCAAUUUACCGGAUUUUUUGCUCCCGUCAAAAGAUUUGAGUGCAGAUUCUUGAAGCCUGUGAAGAUAUUUAUACCGUGGUUCCCGAAAUGUCCAGAAGCGCAAUCCGGCAAUGAUUCCCCAUCAAGUUCAUCGUCGUCAUCAAGUUCUUCGUCGUCUUCAAGUUCCGAAGAAUCGAUUCCAGAACAAGAGCCUGAGAAGGAGCAAUCCCCUGAGGUUGAGCAAUCGCCAGAGGAACAGUCACCUGAGCAAUCCCCUGAAGUAGAGCAAGAGCCAGAUGAGCAAUCACCUGAAGUCGAGCAAGAGCCAGAGGAGCAGUCUCCUGAAGUAGAGCAAGAUCCAGAGGAGCAAUCACCUGAAGUCGAGCAAGAGCCAGAGGAGCAAUCCCCUGAAGUAGAGCAAGAGCCAGAGGAGCAAUCACCUAAAGUAGAGCAAGAUCCAGAGGAGCAAUCACCUGAAGUAGAGCAAGAGCCAGAGGAGCAAUCACCUGAAGUAGAGCACGAGCCAGAGGAGCAAUCGCCGGAAGCAGAGCAAGAGCCAGAGGAGCAAUCACCUGAAGUAGAGCAAGAGCCAGAGGAGCAAUCACCUGAAGUGGAGCAAGAGCCAGAGGAGCAAUCACCUGAAGUCGAGCAACAGUCAGAGGAGCAAUCACCUGAGGUAGAGCAAGAGCCAGAGGAGCAAUCACCUGAAGUGGAGCAAGAGCCAGAGGAGCAAUCACCUGAAGUAGAGCAAGAGCCAGAGGAGCAAUCCCCUGAAGUAGAGCAAGAGCCAGAGGAGCAAUCCCCUGAAGUAAAGCAAGAGCCAGGGGAGCAAUCACCCGAAGUAGAGCAAGAGCUAGAGGAGCAAUCACCUGAAGUAGAGCAAGAGCCAGAGGAGCAGUCCCCUGAAAUAGAGAAAGAGCCAGAGGAGCAAUCACCUGAAGUAGAGCAAGAGCCAGAGGAGCAAUCCCCUGAAGUAGAGCAAGAGCCAGAGGAGGAAUCCCCUGAGGUACAGCAAGAGCCAGAGGAGCAAUCACCUGAAGUAGAACAAGAGCCAGAGGAGCAAUCCCCUGAAGUGGAGCAAGAGCCAGAGGAGCAAUUUCCUGAAGUAGAGCAAGAACCAGAGAAGCAAUCACCUGAAGUAGAGCAAGAGCCAGAGGAGCAAUCACCUGAAGUAGAGCAAGAGCCAGAAGAGGAGCAGCCACAAGAGGAAUCGCCGGAAGAGCAACCGCCAGAGGAGGAAGUGCCGGAAGAUCAAGCUUCUGAAAAAUAUUCAACACUCCUCGAUCUCGGGGACUUCUUAGUACAGAUAAGGGCAAAAGGUGAUUUGAAUGGGGACAACUAUUGCGAUGAAUUCCCUUGCAAUUUCAACUGGCUUCAUGACGUUACUGAUGAUGAUGAUAUCAUGCUGUCCUACAAGAUCAACCAGGCAGGCCGCGAGAUCGAAAACAUUGAAAAGAAUCCGGUUGGAUUGUGCGAAGCCAGUCAUCAAUCUUAUGAUUCUGUUGACAACAUUGUCUGGAGGGCUAUCUCUUCGAUGAUAGCGGGUGAAACUGACUCUUGUCCAAUAUCAAGUGGCUCGUAUAAACUACAAGAAUCGGAGAAGCAAAUCGUGUAUCUAUCUGACAAACCACUUCCAUGCUUGUCUCUGACGAUUGAUUUCGAAUUGUUUCAUAAAGAUUCGAGACCAUUUGUAACAGGGGAAUUACUGUAUGGCUCACCGGACAGCGAUGAGGAUGACGAAGGAGACUGCUGGGCUGGUUAUACUUCAUCUGAGUCAGAGGAGGAACCUGAGCCCGAGCAGGAGUCUGAACCGGAGCAGGAUAAACCAAAAUCGGAAAAAUUCACUGAAACUCGCGAAGCAGUCCAGUUUUUCGUCAAAAUAACAGAUAAUGAUUAUGUAUCCGUUGAUGGCGGCUACUGUGACGAAUCCCCCUGUAACUUCGAGUGGCUCAAGGAUAUCACUGAUAGUAGUGACUUAGUGAUUAGCUAUGAGAUUAACUCUAGGACCACCCAGCUCGCUAAAAGUGAAGGGGAUCCACCUGGAUUAUGCGAGACUAGUCGUAACCCACCUGAUACCUGGGACAAUAUUGCUUGGAAAAGUUUGUCGUUAAUAACAGCCGGUGGCACUGAGGCUUGUCCCAUAUCAACUGGUACGUACGCGUUCGAUGAAGAAGAUGGCGACCACACGCUUUUAUUCACAACGGAUAAGCCGCUUCCAUGCCCCCCUGUGCAUAUUGGUGUCACACUGGCUCAGAAAGGUUCAAAGCCAUUUUUCACGGCAGAAGUGUUGUAUACACAACUUGAGCAAAUUGAAUGUGCUGACGAGGAUUAUUCUGGCGCAGAGUAGUUAUUUCCCUUGAUUUUCAAACAAGUUGUCUGUUUUUAACUUCAAUAAAUCGAUAUAUUCAC